AUGCUCAAAUUGUUAAGGCCCGCCUCUACCAGAGCAGUAUCAAGUCGUUUUGUGGCUACCUGCGUAGUUCCCAUUACACUCCCCAAUGCCGCUUCCCGCUUCUUUUCCCAUAAAUCUUCAAAUCUACAGGCUGGAUCCACCGUACCAUCUGAAGCUGCUGAUGCCGCCGCAACGGUGAUCGCAGAACAGAGAGAUGCUAGCACAAUAGCUCAUAGCGCCACAUGGUUGGACGCAUUGACUGAGCGUGACAGACAAGCUGCCGAAGGAAACGUUUUGGACUCAUUUAGCUAUAUGAAUCCCAAAACCACCGAAGUGGGUGAAAGAACCCGUUCUGAGUCGUUCUCCUACCUUGUUCUUCCAUUUAAGGACGACAGGUGGCUCUGUGACUCGUACAUCAACGCUUUUGGUCGUUUGAGAGCCGGUCAAAUGUUUCAGGACUUGGAUGCCUUGGCCGGAAGAAUCGCUUACAGACACUGUGCUCCUGCCGAACCCAUGAACGUCACCGCUUCUGUGGACAGAAUUUACAUGGUCAAGAAGGUGGACGAAAUUCAGAAUUACAACUUCGUGUUGGCCGGUUGCGUGACUUGGACUGGAAGAUCGUCUAUGGAGAUCACUGUCAAGGGUUAUGCCUUUGAGGACCUGGUUCCAGAGGACAUAUCUGAGGAGACUUUGCCUAAUGAGAAUGUAUUUUUGACGGCUAACUUCACCUUUGUGGCCAGAAAUCCAUUGACCCACAAGUCUUUUGCCAUUAAUAGAUUGCUUCCUGUGACCGAGAAGGAAUGGAUUGACUACAGAAGAGCUGAGUCGUUCAAUGCCAAAAAGAAGCUUGCUGCUAAGGACCAAUCUAUUAUUGAACCAUCUGAUGAGGAAAAUAGACUCGUAUACGACAUGUGGAAGGCUUCCAGAGAAUUGACUCCUCAAUUCAACAAGAACGUUAUGUUCAUGAAGGACACCACCGUCUCAUCUACCUUGUUCAUGCAGCCUCAGUACAGAAACAGACACUCAUACAUGAUUUUUGGAGGUUACCUCUUGAGACAAUCAUUUGAGUUGGCAUACUGUGCUGCAGCAGCAUUUUCUUCGGCUGGUCCUAGAUUCGUGUCCUUGGACUCCACCACAUUCAAAGCGCCUGUUCCUGUGGGCUCUGUUUUGUCCAUGAGUGCCUCAGUCUCAUACACCGAGCAUAUUCAUGAUGGCAGCGACCCUGAGGCUGGUGUCGACUCGCCUUUCAACUUGCCUGCCACCAACAAGAUCUCUGCUAACCCAGAUGCUUUCUUGCUGGAGCCUGGUACUUUGGUACAAGUCAAGGUGGAUACUAAUAUCAAGAACUUAGACUCUGUUGUGUCCAAAGAGUCUGGUUGCUUCAUCUACUCAUUCUUUGUUCCAAGAAGCAGCUACGAAGAGGGAAAGCCUCAUUUCUCAUCGGUGAUUCCACAAACCUACUCUGAGAUGAUGGAGUAUGUCGAGGGUAGAAGAAGAGCACAUGAUACUGCCAACUAUGUGGCCACCAUGCCCAAGUAG